AUGCAAUAUGUCUCCACCGAUCACUCCUCUAUUAGCAAUCUACGAUCUUUCAUCAUGGCUGAAUCUGCAUCAAAUGUCCCAAGUGCCGAGUUAUUGGAAUUUCCAAAAAAAGACAAGCGUCGUUUCCUACACGCGGUCUAUCGUGUUGGUGAUCUUGAACGCAGCAUAAAAUUUUACACAGAAGCUUUUGGGAUGAAAUUAUUGAGGCAAAGAGACAUACCAGAGGAGAAGUACUCAAAUGCUUUUCUCGGAUUUGGUCCAGAAGAAUCAAACUUUGCUGUGGAGCUUACUUACAAUUACGGAGUGGAUAAGUAUGACAUAGGAACUGGAUUUGGGCAUUUUGCAAUUGCCACCUCAGAUGUUUAUAAACUUGCUGAAGAUAUUAAGGCUAAAGGUGGAACUAUUACAAGGGAAGCGGGACCCGUUAAAGGUGGAACAAGUGUAAUUGCUUUUGCUAAAGAUCCUGAUGGUUAUCUUUUUGAGCUCAUUGAAAGAGGAGGAACUCCUGAACCCCUUUGUCAAGUGAUGCUUCGUGUUGGUGAUCUUGAUAGAUCAAUUAAGUUCUAUGAGAAGGCAUUGGGGAUGCAAUUAUGUAGGAAAAUUGAUAGACCAGAACAAAAGUACACUUUGGCAAUGAUGGGGUAUGCAGAAGAAAAGGAAACAACUGUUUUGGAGCUCACAUACAAUUAUGGUGUAACUGAAUAUACCAAAGGAAAUGCAUAUGCACAGGUUGCAAUUAGUACAAGUGAUGUGUAUAAAAGUGGUGAAGUUGUUAAUCAUGUUAUCAAAGAGCUUGGUGGAAAGGUAACAAGGCAGCCUGGACCAAUUCCUGGGAUCAAUACUAAAAUCACUGCUUUUCUUGAUCCAGAUGGUUGGAAAACGGUUCUGGUUGACAAUGAAGACUUUUUGAAAGAACUUCACAAGAAAGAGUAACUGGUGUAGUUGAGAAUGCAAUCCUGAUGAAUAAAGUUAUGUGACAUUUUUGACACAUAUCAUAUCAACUCUAUAUGUCAUGUGGACCUUCUUGUUUGAGUAAUUAUAAUAAUAUAAUAUAUAAUAUAAAUGGAUUACGGUUUUGGGGCUC